ACGAACUCACUCCCAAAAGUUUACUUGUCUCGUUCCCAACCACUACCUUACAAAAACCCUAACCCUAAUUUCUCUACCCCCAAAUCUGUGAUGGAAGACGAAGAAGGGAUCGGGUUGAUCUUAGCCAGAGCUACCGAGCUAAGACUCAAGAUCAGCGAUUGUAUCGAUUCCUCCAGCACCGCCGUAAGCGAAAACGGCGGCGACGGCGACGGCGGAGGAAACGAGGAUCUUUCUCCCGGAGAAGAGAAAAAAAAAGAUGAGAUUUUUCGGAAUCAAGAUAAGGAUUUUGACUCAAUCAGCUCUGAUGAUGUAGUUGAGGAAGCAGAAGCUGAACGUCUUUUGCGUAUACGUGAUGCUCUUGAAUCUCUUGAGUCUCAGCUUGCUUCUUUACAGAAUUUAAGGCAAAGACAACAAUAUGAGAAGCAAGUGGCUUUAUCUGAGAUUGAUUACAGUAGGAAAAUGUUGCUUGAGAAGCUUAAAGAGUACAAAGGGAAAGACUUUGAAGUACUACGCGAGACUACGACGUUUGCUGGUGAAAGAGUUGAUUAUGAGAACGAUCUUCUACUUCCUCCUUAUCCUGUUCAUCCUCCUGUAUCCCUUGGUUUAGAUAAUAAUGGUUACCUUUCUCACUUACCUUCCAAGAAGAAGUCUGAUGCUAAUGGGUUUGGCUCAGGACAUGUGAGAAACGAGGCAGAGGUGAAAAGUCCCGAUGGAGGAACUGGAGGCUCGAAUCAUCAUGGUGUUAUUCGCUUCUUAGGCUCUGCUGCGAAGAUCAUGCUUCCAAUCAUCGGUGUUAUUUCUAUAUUGUCUGCUUCUGGAUAUGGACCAGAGAUGAGAAUAAGAGGUGCGUCCUUAAACCUUCUUGGACUUCUCCCGCAGCGAGCAGUUAAAGGGAAGCGAACACCUAAUCAAUGCCCACCGGGAAAGGUUCUUGUGAUAGAAGACGGGGAAGCACGGUGCCUUGUUAAAGAAAGAGUCGAAAUACCCUUUGACUCGGUUGUUUCAAAGCGCGAUGUAACUUACGGAUAUGGUUGAAUUUGAAUGAAAAACACCCUUCUCUGUAACCUUUCAUUGCCUGGAUUCAGUGUGUAAAGUUUCAACUUUUUUUCUUAUCUCUUAGAUGUGAAAGCUUCAUGGUGCUACACAACUUUCACAAGUUUUGUUCUUGCUUCUGCUUCUCAGCAAAUAAUCUAGGAAAGAGAGGGAGAGAGAGAGAGAUCCAGUUGCAGUAGUAUUUGUCUUCUGCCAAAUCCAUUAACGGAUUCAAUGUAUUGACACAACUCUCACCACUUGUGUGGUAUAUAAUAUCAGUAAAAAAUAAUGAUA